UAAGUGGAGGUCCUAUUCUCUUUCUUGUAUCUUCCACCAUAAUAUAUAUAUAUUGUUGUAACGCAUAAACCGGUUAAGUGAAAAUUUGCAAUACCAUUUUGAAUUUCAAGUUUUAGAAUAAAAAGAAAGAAAGAAAAUGGAGAUGUUGGGACUUCUUAAAAUUAGGGUGCAGAGAGGCAUCAACCUGCCCCUCAAGGAUACAUUUCGCAGUGAUCCUUAUGUUGUUGUCACCAUGGGUGAACAGCGAGUGAAGACUAGUUGUAAGAAGAACAACUGCAACCCUGUUUGGAAUGAUGAAUUGACACUUGCACUGAAAUAUCCAAAUGUUCCUGUUGUUUUAACUGUGUAUGACAAAGAUACAUUCACUAAAGAUGACAAAAUUGGGGAAGCAAAGAUAGACAUCAAACCAUAUCUGGAAGCUUUGAAUAUAAGCAAUCAAUGCCUUCCGAAUGGCGUUGAAGUUGACAGAGUUCAGCCAAGCAGAGACAAUUGCCUGGCUAAGGAAAGCUGCAUUAUAUGGAAAAAUGGUAAAAUGAUACAAGACAUGACCCUUAUGCUGCAAAAUGUGGAAUGUGGUGAAGUGGAAGUGCAAAUUGAGGUGAUCCCUAAAAGGAUAUCUGAGGAUACAUUCUUCCCAUAAUCUUGCCUAGUAGAAGGUUAUAUAUAAGUCUUGGAAUGAACCUUUUAUUAGGUCAUUCUAAUUGAUAAAUUUGCAAAUCUUAGUUGGGAUUUGCUAGGCUUUAUGUAAUAUACAGGGCCAUCCUAGUUUUGUUGUAAUAAAAUUACUUUGUUGGACGAUGGAAUUUAAUGUAAUCCUAAUUUUAUGUAAUUUCAACUGCAAUUGGGCCAUCCUAGUUUUGUUGUAAUAAAGAUGGUUGCUUCUGAAAGUGAA